CAUGCACUGAGAGCUCCGCAAGUGCUUCCCUCACGCUUGUUUAAAUGGGACCAGCCUCUUGCGAAGCUCUCAAGUCGGUGCUCAUGGAGGGAAGGAAGAUGAAGCUGUCAGUGGCCCUCAUCAUGUUGCUUCUCUUCGGUGUCUCCAACCAGCGCUGCUCCUGCGCCAUCGUGCAGUUCAUCUUCGGCGACUCCUUGUCGGACGUCGGCAACAACAACUACCUCACCAAGAGCUUGGCUCGGGCCGCUCUGCCAUGGUACGGAAUCGAUCUCGGAAAAGGCCUGCCCAACGGGAGGUUCACCAAUGGCCGAACCGUCGCCGACAUUGUCGGUGACAAGCUGGGCCUCCCGCGGCCGCCGGCGUUCUUAGACCCGUCUCUGGACGAGGACACGAUACUCAACAGCGGAGUCAACUACGCCUCCGGAGGCGGCGGAAUCCUGAACGAGACCUCCUCGCUGUUCGUGCAGAGGUUCUCCCUCUACAAGCAGAUCGAACUGUUCCAAGGGACUCAGGAGCUGAUAAGGAGGAAGAUCGGGCGCGCGGCGGCCGACGACUUCUUCGCACAAUCUCGCUACGUGGUGGCCAUGGGGAGCAACGACUUCAUCAACAACUACCUCCUCCCCGUCUACUCCGAUUCGUGGAGCUACAACGGGGAGACCUUCAUCGACUACCUCAUGAACACAUUGGAGGGGCAGCUCAAGCUUCUGCACUCACUGGGGGCGCGGCAGCUGACGUUCUUCGGCCUCGGACCCAUGGGAUGCAUCCCCUUGCAGCGAAUCCUGACGUCCUCGGGGGGAUGCCAGGAAUCGACCAACAAGCUCGCGCUAGGCUUCAACAAGGCGGCCACCGAGCUCCUCGGUAAUCUGUCGAACACCCUUCCUAAUGCCACCUUCCGCUUCGGCGACGCCUACGAUUCCUUCCAGGACCUGAUCGAUCGACCCUACAUGUAUGGGUUCAACAACUCGCGCGCGCCGUGCUGCUCGCUGGGGCGGAUUCGACCGACGCUGACCUGCACGCCAUUGUCGACGCUGUGCGAGGACAGGAGCCAGUACGUGUUCUGGGAUGAGUACCACCCGACGGAUCAAGCCAACGAGCUGAUCGCCAACGAGAUCGUCACCAAGCUGGGGUUUAAGCCCAUCAAUGAAACCAACACCCCGUAGGGUUUACCGUGCUUUGUAUUCAGCUCUUGCUUGCAUCCUCGACGUGCGACACCGGAAAUCGUGUAGCUCCCCUACGAUCAAAGAACAGCCGUCUCUUCUCUCA